AGAAUCGACAAGAAAAUGUCUGAUGCUCAGGGCAGCUACAAACUGGAUGAAGCUCAGGCUGUCUUGAGAGAAACGAAAGCCAUCAAAAAGGCCAUCACCUGUGGAGAAAAGGAAAAGCAAGAUCUCAUUAAGAGCCUUGCGAUGCUGAAGGAUGGCUUCCGGACCGACAGAGGGUCCCACUCUGACCUGUGGUCCAGCAGCAGCUCUCUGGAGAGUUCGGGUUUCCCGCUGCCGAAGCAGUACCUGGACAUGAGCUCCCAGACGGACAUCUCGGGGAGUUUCGGCACCAGCAGCCACAAUCAGUUGGCGGAGAAGGUCCGAUUGCGCCUUCGGUACGAAGAGGCUAAGAGGAGGAUCGCCAACCUGAAGAUCCAGCUGGCCAAGCUGGACAGUGAGGCCUGGCCUGGAGUGCUGGACUCGGAGAGGGACCGGCUGAUCCUCAUCAGCGAGAAAGAGGAGCUGCUGAAGGAGAUGCGCUUCAUCAGCCCCCGGAAGUGGACGCAGGGCGAGGUGGAGCCGCUGGAGAUGGCCCGCAAGCGGCUGGAGAAGGACCUGCAGGCAGCCCGGGACACCCAGAGCAAGGCGCUGACCGAGAGGUUGAAGUUAAACAGUAAGAGGACCCAGCUGGUAAGGGAACUGGAGGAAGCCACCCGGCAGGUGGCAGCUCUGCAUUCCCAGCUGAAAAGCCUCUCGAGCAGCAUGCAGUCCCUGUCCUCGGGCAGCAGCCCUGGGUCCCUCACGUCCAGCCGGGGCUCCCUGGCCGCCUCCAGCCUGGACUCCUCCGCCUCUGCCAGCUUCACUGACCUCUACUAUGACCCCUUCGAGCAGCUGGACUCAGAACUGCAGAGCAAGGUGGAGUUCCUGCUCCUGGAGGGGGCCCCGGGCUUCCGGCCCUCGGGCUACAUCACCACCAUCCACGAGGACGAGGUGGCCAAGACCCAGAGGGCCGAGGGGGGCGGCCGCCUGCAGGCCCUGCGCUCCCUGACCGGCACCCCGAAGUCCAUGACUUCUCUGUCUCCACGCUCCUCCCUCUCCUCGCCGUCCCCGCCCUGCUCCCCUCUCAUCGAUGACCCCCUCCUGGCUGGAGACGCCUUCCUGAGC